CGGAAACGCAGGGGCGGCGGCGCCAAGGUGACAAGCUGCGCACCUGGAAAGUUACCCGGCUGUCUGGUCCUCAAGCAAAAUGGGAAAUGGUUCGGUGAAACCCAAGCAUUCCAAGCACUCGGAUGGCCACUCCGGGAACCCCAGUACGCAUGCGCUGCGGAGCAAGGUGACAGAGCUGGAGCGAGAGCUGAGGCGGAAGGAGGCCGAGAUCCAGGAGCGGGAAUACCAUCUGAAGGAGCUGCGGGAACAGCUGUCCAAGCAGACCGUGGCCAUUGCUGAGCUCACGGAGGAGCUCCAGAACAAGUGCAUCCAGCUGAACAAGCUCCAGGAUGUGGUGCACAUGCAGGGAGGAAGCCCGCUGCUGGCCUCUCCAGAGAAAGUGCCUCUUGAGGUCCACCGCAAGGCCUCGGGAUUGGUCUCCCUCCACAGCAGGAGGGGAGCGAAAGCUGGGGUGUCUGCGGAGCCAACGACCCGAACCUAUGACCUCAAUAAACCCCCGGAGUUUUCGUUCGAGAAAGCACGAGUCAGAAAGGACUCCAGUGAGAAGAAGCUCAUUAUGGAGGCCCUUAAUAAAAAUCAGUUUCUAAAGAGACUGGAUCCUCAGCAGAUCAAAGACAUGGUGGAAUGCAUGUAUGGGAGGAACUACCAGCAAGGGAGUUACAUUAUUAAGCAAGGAGAACCAGGAAACCAUAUCUUUGUGCUAGCAGAGGGCCGACUAGAGGUGUUCCAAGGGGAGAAAUUUCUAUCAUCCAUCCCUAUGUGGACCACGUUUGGGGAGCUAGCCAUUUUAUACAACUGUACAAGAACUGCCUCCGUGAAAGCUAUUACCAAUGUUAAAACUUGGGCACUAGAUCGAGAGGUAUUCCAGAAUAUAAUGAGAAGGACAGCUCAAGCUAGAGAUGAACAGUACAGAAACUUCCUCAGAAGUGUAUCCUUGCUGAAGAAUUUACCUGAAGAUAAACUAACCAAGAUCAUUGACUGCUUGGAAGUGGAAUACUAUGACAAAGGAGAUUACAUUAUUAGAGAGGGCGAGGAAGGAAGUACUUUCUUCAUCUUAGCAAAAGGAAAGGUGAAAGUCACCCAGAGCACAGAGGGCCAUGAUCAACCACAACUGAUAAAAACACUGCAGAAAGGAGAAUACUUUGGAGAAAAAGCUCUUAUCAGUGAGGAUGUCAGAUCAGCUAACAUUAUUGCUGAAGAAAAUGAUGUGGCAUGCCUAGUUAUAGAUCGAGAAACAUUCAACCAAACAGUCGGGACUUUUGAAGAACUCCAAAAAUACCUUGAAGGGUAUGUGGCAAACCUGAACCGUGAUGAUGAGAAAAGACAUGCGAAGAGAUCCAUGUCUAACUGGAAGCUGUCCAAAGCACUCUCUCUGGAGAUGAUUCAGCUGAAGGAGAAGGUGGCCAGAUUUUCCUCAUCAUCCCCAUUCCAGAACCUUGAGAUUAUCGCAACACUGGGCGUUGGUGGGUUCGGAAGAGUUGAGCUUGUUAAAGUGAAAAAUGAGAAUGUUGCUUUUGCUAUGAAGUGUAUAAGGAAGAAGCACAUAGUUGACACAAAACAACAGGAGCAUGUCUACUCAGAAAAGAGGAUUCUAGAAGAGUUGUGUUCUCCCUUCAUCGUGAAAUUAUAUCGUACUUUCAAGGACAAUAAGUAUGUAUACAUGCUUCUGGAGGCCUGCUUAGGUGGGGAGCUAUGGAGUAUAUUAAGGGACAGAGGCAGCUUCGAUGAACCCACCUCCAAGUUCUGCGUCGCUUGUGUGACAGAAGCAUUUGAUUACCUGCAUCGACUAGGUAUUAUCUACAGAGACCUGAAACCAGAAAACUUAAUUCUAGAUGCUGAAGGUUAUCUUAAAUUGGUUGACUUUGGAUUUGCUAAGAAAAUAGGAUCUGGACAGAAAACAUGGACAUUCUGUGGAACUCCAGAGUAUGUAGCUCCUGAAGUCAUUCUCAACAAAGGACAUGACUUCAGUGUGGAUUUUUGGUCUCUGGGAAUUCUAGUGUAUGAGCUCCUAACCGGCAACCCUCCCUUUUCUGGGAUUGACCAAAUGAUGACCUACAAUUUGAUUCUCAAAGGAAUUGAAAAAAUAGAUUUUCCCAGAAAGAUCACAAGACGACCUGAGGAUUUGAUUCGGAGACUUUGCAGGCAAAAUCCAACAGAAAGACUUGGAAAUCUGAAGAAUGGAAUCAAUGACAUUAAGAAACACAGAUGGUUAAAUGGUUUUAAUUGGGAGGGACUGAAAGCACGGAACCUUCCAUCACCUUUACAGAGAGAGCUCAGUGGACCCACAGACCACAGCUACUUCGACAAGUAUCCCCCUGAAAAAGGAGUGCCUCCAGAUGAGCUGUCAGGCUGGGAUAAAGACUUUUGACAGAAGAAAAG